UUUGAGCCCCAUCACGCAUUUCUCUCUCUCUCUCUCCUCCCUCUUUCUCUCUCUUUUUCUCUCUUGCUUUUUCUUCAUUGACAUUCACAGCCUGUCUCUUCCCUGGCACUCAAAUUGUCUGGCACAGCAACACGCAGUCAGCUUAUUUGUUCUUCUCUUUCAACUGCUCCAAAACUUUCUGGGAGGAUAGUGAGUGAGUAAGAAAAAGAGAGAGAGAGAAAGAGAGGGAGAUAGCAGGAAAGAGAGAGCAAGAAAGAGGGAGAGAUUUUUCUCUCUAACAAACUAACAAGUCUGGAUGAUACAAGCACAUCUGAAGGUGAUCUGGUGGGCUGAUCUAAAUUGUCUGGAAGAACGCAACGCAAAGCUGAACAGCAUUGACCUCUCGUCUUUACCUGAACCUCUAGAGGAUCAAAUUAGUGGACCAUGAUGCAGAGGGAGGAGGUGGUGUCGGCACGGGAUGAGUUCAGCUACACGCACAUCCCUACCCUGGAGCGAGUGAGUGGAGGUGGGACACUGACUCGGCGGAUGGAGCGAGAGAGAGAGCGUAUAGAGAGAGAUAGCUACACAGUGGACGUGAGGGCCAGUGACCUGGAGCUUGACCAGGCUGAGCACCUGCAUCCCUGCUUCAGCUACAGAGCCUGGCUCUACAGCAUCCUAAUAGGGUGUAGCCUCCUGAUCACAGCUGGAUUCUCUCUUUACUUGGGUAAUGUCUUCCCUGUUGCGAUGGACUACCUGCGCUGUGCUGCUGGAGCGAGUAUCCCGGCUGCAGCAGUGAGCUUUGCCAUUGCUGCAAACUGGAGAGUUGCUGUGUCAGACUUUCAGCUGGUAUAUGUGUCUACGUUUGCUGUGACCACCACAUGCCUGGUGUGGUUUGGCUGCAAGCUGGUUAUCAGCCCAUCAGCCAUCAAUAUCAACUUUAAUUUGAUCCUGCUCAUUCUGCUGGAGGUCCUCAUGGCUAGCACAGUGAUCCUGUCAGCUCGCUCUGUGGAAGACUGCUGCAGCCACAGCAAGCCAGUGUACGAUGGCCCUGUAGCUGUGACCUCUGCAACAUUCCCUACACGUCUUCUCAAGGCCUACGCAGUGAUCGAGGUGAUAGUUGGAAUUUCUGCAGUUUUUGGGGGUAUUAUUGCUCUCAACAUGGACGCUCUGAUGCCAGGCCCUUACCUCUCCGUUACAUUCUUUUGGAUUCUUGUAGCUUGUUUCCCCAGUGCCAUAGCCAGCCAUGUGGUGUCGGAAUACCCCAGCAAGUGCCUGGUGGAGAUGUUAAUUGCCAUCAGCAGUGUGACCUCACCACUACUGUUCUCUGCCUCUGGCUUCUUGUCUAAUAGUGUCUUGAGCUUUAUUGAGAUCUUCCUGCAUGAAGUACCUGUUGAGAAGCAAUCAUACGACAUCCUGCUGCUCAUCCUGAUGGCACUGUUGCUGGCACAGGCUGGACUGACUCUGGCCACUGUGGUACAUUGUGCCUCCUACAAGAGCCAGCUGCGUAUGGGGGCAGGAGAGUGGGAGAACAGUCUGCAACGCAUGUCACGCCGCUGUGAGGGAUCUAAUGGUACACUGCGAGAGUUUGACAAGGAGAAGGCCUGGAAGGCGGUGGUAGUCCAAAUGGCCAAAUGAGCACAUGCAUCGUGAUGGAGAGACAGACAGAAGAAAAGAAGAAACAGGUGUCUGUGGAGGAGGAGGACGUGGGAGAUGAGCAUAACGGAGGAAAGAAUCAAUGAACAAAUGUUACAGAUGAUUAGAGUUGACAGUAAGAAAGCGUCUUACAGAAGAAGGGUAAUUGAAGGUCAUCUAAACCUUCUGUAAAUCCAGGAAAUUCAAUUAUAAAGUCUACAAUUCUUCUCAAUAUAUCACCUACUGUGCGUCUUAACCUUAACCCUCUGAUAGACUGAAUGAGAAAAACAAAUCAGCACUGUAAAAAUGUACAAUCAGGCCAAAUUCAAGUAAUAAAGUAACUUAUUACAGAGCAAUUUCUCCUCCGGCCUGUGGUGUUGAUGGGAUUUCAACGUUUGAACUCCUGUUUCUUAACAAGCAGGCAGUUAGACAGUUGCACCACCCUAGAGCUUCUGCUGCUCACCAAGUGUAAACAGAUUAACUUUGUAAGACUAAAUCAUAAAAAUCAUGUUAUAAGAGAAGUUCUGAUUUACAUUUUAGAACCAAUAAAUGCUCUGUAAUCAGUUACUUUAUCAUUCUAAGACUGUUACUAUGUAUGUGGUGACAAUUUAGCACUUCAUGUAAAGAGACAUUGUGAAUAUGUACAGUAAGGUUGGGCUCGUAAGUACAAGACAAAUAUGAGUGAACUCAAUACUGUUAAAAAUGCACAUAUAUAUAAUUUUUGAACUACAAUCAGAGCGAGAAUAACAUGAAACCUAGGUAGAAUGACUGAUGCUACAUCACAUUCAGGUAUUAGAGAAUUUAUAAAGCACAAAGGAUAUUUUCUACUACAUUCAUGUAUUACACAGUGUUUACAUACAUAUAUUUUGUUUACUGUAUCAAGUUUUUUUAGAUAAAUAAAAAUCAUUAGAUUGCAUUGAGAA